UUUGGAGCUCCAUCCUCCCGGCUGCGGCUCGUCGUUUCCCCGCAGCUCGGGUGCUUCCAGCCGGGCCCGCCGCUGCUCUCUCCCUCCGGAGGUGAAGAUGGAGGUCCGGACGGUCCUCCCGGCCCUGCUGCUCCUCUCUGCCGCCCGCCUGCAGCCCGUUUCCGGCGUGUUUUCACGGAAAGGACCGAAGGUCACCGAGAAGGUGUUUUUUGACAUCACGGUGGGGGGUCACGAGGUGGGCCGGGUCGUCAUCGGGCUUUUCGGAGACGUCGUCCCCAUGACCGUCAAGAACUUUGUGUCUCUGGCAGCUGGAGAGGAAGGUUACGGCUACAAGGGGACCAAGUUCCACCGAGUCAUCAAAGACUUCCUGAUCCAGGGAGGAGACUUCACCGCCGGAGACGGAACCGGAGGUCACAGCAUCUACGGGACGACGUUCACCGACGAGAACUUCAGAUUGAAGCACCUCGGAGCCGGCUGGGUGAGCAUGGCCAACGCGGGUCCGGACACCAACGGGUCUCAGUUCUUCAUCCUGGCCACCAAGGCGCCCUGGCUGGACGGGAAGCACGUGGUCUUUGGUAAAGUUCUGGAUGGGAUGUCUGUGGUUCACACCAUCGAGCUCCAGGACACGGACGACAGGAACCUGCCGCACACGGAGUGCGUCAUCGUCAACAGCGGCAGGAUUCCCGUUAAAGAGCCCUUCGUGGUGGAGGUGGAGGGCUGGUGACGGCCCGGUGGAGCGACAGACAACUAAACUGAAACGCCGGGCGGCCAUUUUAAACUGUGCCAAACUCACGUUUUACUUCCUGUAGCAUCUUAACAAGCUAACGGUAGCAUGGAGGACUGCUCAGUUGUUUUUAUAGAUGCAGUAAACUCGCCAUAUUCAGUUUGUCACGUUAAAUAAACACUUUUUUCAGUUUAUUUAAGCCGAACAAACUUUUAAUGCUCAGCCAUAAACACAAGCUAACAUAAACGGCACGUGCUAACCAUGAGCCUGUCGCUAACGCUGCCGUGCCAACACGAGUUUUAAACUAAUUUUAAUAAGUAUUAUUAAUUACCAGAGGAAUAUCCAAAUAUUAUUGGGCACAUGUGCACGUCGAUGUGCUAACUCUGAACUAGCUAAAGCAUGCUAACACAAAAAAAGAUGGACUAGCUAGCUAAGCUAACAAGCUUCUGAUCAGUCUCUGCUGUACGCAAACGUAAAGUAAAUAAACUAAUUAAAUUAAGAGGUAAAAUACAUUUGCAUGUUGGUUUACGAGACAAAUUUAACAAGAAAAAAACAAUUUAGCUUAAAAAAAAAAAAAAAUUCUGACGAAGUCACGUGUCCAGAAAAGGCCACAGAAGAUGCAAAGGUUUAAUUUUUGUAGGUUUUUAUUUGCAGGAAAACAUUAAAUGCACAAACUUGUCUAACCUGCAUCACAAAUGCAAAUCCAAACCUGCAGACUUCUGUUUUCAUCAGGUUCACUGUGGUUUAUGCUAACCGUUAGCGUACAGGCAUAUUUAUUUAAAUCAAGUUUUACUCAAAACAAACUUUAUAUUUUAGUGAUUAAAGCAUAAAAUGUGAAACUGAAGUCGUAAGUCUUCCACUCAGAUGUAGCUCUCGGUGCCAAACUGUUCACCACGC